AAUCAAUAUCAGAUAACAUGAAGCUGCCGCAAGUGUGUUGCAACUUGCGGCUGCCAAUGCUGCUGUUGCUGUUGCUGCAAGUUGUCGCCAGCGACAGUCAAAACAAUAGCCUACGUGUGAACACUUACCUCAAGGAUGUGAAUGCAACGGCCAUGGCGUUGCCCUCAAUACAGAGCACGGGCAACAUUUGCACGCGCGAGGAGCCGUACGAGGAGCUGCUGCAGGUGCCCGAGGUGCAGCCGGUGCGGGUGCGCACCUCCACCUGGUGCCUGGAGAUACCGCCGCGCUGCCCCUCCUACAAGACGGAAAUGCGCGAAGUGAUGAAGGUGCAGAGAUUAAAUAAAACGCGCACAGUUCGCUUUUGCUGCCAAGGCUAUGAGGGCAAUCUCUCGGAUAGUCAAGCCAGCUGCCGUCCCAUUUGUCGCGGUGGCUGUGGGCGUGGCAAUUGCAUAAUGCCCGACAUAUGCAGCUGCGAGGAGGGCUACACCGGCAAGCACUGCACACAGCGCUGUGAUCAUGAUCGCUGGGGACUCGAGUGCAAGAAUCCGUGCCAAUGCCAAAACGAUGCUGUUUGCGAUAAUAAAACAGGAGGAUGCCAUUGCAUAGCCGGUUGGGCUGGACAAUUCUGCGAGCAACCGUGUCCUGUGGGCACCCAUGGCGUCAUGUGCCGCAAGGUUUGCGAGUGCCCAGAGAAGCGCUGUCAUCCGCAGACGGGCGAAUGUCUGGGCCCAGAAACUGUAGAGGCUGUCAAUGUCAAUCAUGUUGUGCUGGAGACUAUCAACUCGACCAUGGCGAAUCUAACGCAUAAUAUAAAUAAUAUUGCCAAGAGCAUUGGCAGCAUGUCCGAGAGCAGUCACGUCCAGGUGACGCCCAGCGCUCUGCCGGAGGUCAUAUUGAUCAAGCAGCCCGUGCAGGAGUCGGCGCACACGCCCAAGAUCAUCCUGCACGAGUCGAGCAAUGCUCUGCUCGAGAAUCUGCAUACAGCCGCUGCCGCUGGAGUGCCCACACCCGAGGUCAUCCAUGUGAUCACAAGUGCAGGUGGCGUUGCCGCCACUCAGGAUCGGGCACCUCAGUUGAAUUUGGCUGGCUUUGCUGCCGGCGACAGUAAUCCGAGUCGCAGUGCUCACGACCACGACUCCAGCCUACUGAGCACACUGAUCGUAAUGCUGCUCAUGCUGAUGAUCGUCAUCGUAUUGGGCUUCCUCUACGUCUAUCGGCGUCAGCAUCUGCAGAAGGAGGCCGUCGUCUACAAUGCCAACGGCACGUUCAGCAGCGCCCAGCCACAUGGGCAUGGCAAUCCGGAAGUUGUGAUCAGUGACACGGGGAAGAUCUUUCACGGACCGCUGCCCAAGCCGCCGGCCAUCUUGCCCACCACAAAUCAAACCCAACCGAACGAGGCAUCUUUGCCUGAUAUAUAUGACACGCCCAGCAAUAACUCCUCGAUUAUAACUCAGCCCUAUGCCUAUGCGCGCAAGGAGUCUCUCUAUUCAGUUGUUUCGCCCAAGUCCCGCAAAGGCAGCCUCGACUCGCAUCUGUACGAUGAGAUUAGAUACCAUCAACAGCAGCAGCAGCAACACCAGCAGAUGCAGCACCACCAUCCACUGCAUCAACAUCAUUCACAUCCAUCACACCAGCCACAGUCACAUGCCUCGCAGCCGUCCCGUUAUCAGCAUUCAACCACUGCAACUGCCUUUUUGGCACCGCCGCCGCCAAUGCGCCCUAGCAAUGGACAGCUGCACCACCAGCACACAUCCAGCACCACCAACGGCGGCUCACAUGUCUCCCACUUGAUCAUUCCGCCACAAAAUGCCAACUUCCUGCAAGUGCCCACCCAGAUAGGUGCCCAUAAAAUUGCCCAUUUGUGAAUCCGACAGGCAAAAUUUUAUUUUCACAUGAGAA